UAAAAGUAUCCUUGAGGAGUACUGUGAGAUCAGCAGCCUGCUGACGGAGGACAUUGUUAAAGUCCACCAGGAGAUCUCGGCCGCUGUGGAGCAGAUCGACCCGCUGACGGAGUACCAGCACUUCAUCGACACCUACAGGUCUCCGGAGACGCCCGAGGCAAACGUGGAGUUUGACGCAUCUCUAUUGGAGGAGACGGACAACCUGCCUGCCAAUGAGAUCCUCUGGAACACGCUGACAGCCGACAGCCUACAGGCCAUGUUGUCGUCGGCGACGGAGGAGCUGGAGCUGACUCAGCAGAAUCUGCGGACGAAGGAGGCGCUGGCGGACGACCUCGAUGCCAGAAUCCAGACGAGUCAGCAGAACGCCGAGAGGAAGAGCGACUGUGUCCUGCUGCUCAGUCAGAAGCUCUCUCUGCUCGAACUUCAUCACGCCGUCCAAUCGCUACACGGCUCCGAGGCCCGCCUCGUUUCCCAGAAGGCUCUGCUGGACGCCAAGAUGGCAUCCGCUGCCGCCUCGCCACCUCCACCGCCGCCUCCUCCUGCGCUGCCGUAUGAGGACGACACCCGCUCCGUCGGAUCCACAGAUAAAACCAAGGACAGGAGCUCUCGCUUCGACACCCUCCGCAACUCUCUGGUCGGGAUGAUCCGCACCCCCAAAGCCAUGUUGGGCUCCUCCACAUCG